AUGGAUCUUGACUAUGGGCGUUGCUGGGGCACUUCAAAGAAGGAUUCUUGGAAGACCACUCUGCUUUUAGCGUAUCAGAGUCUUGGUGUUGUAUAUGGAGACCUUAGCAUUUCCCCUCUCUAUGUAUACAAGAGCACAUUUGCAGAGGACAUUCAUCACUCUGAGACAAAUGAAGAGAUUUUGGGGGUUCUUUCUUUUGUUUUCUGGACUCUAACUCUUGUUCCUUUAUUCAAAUAUGUCUUUAUCGUACUUCGAGCGGAUGAUAAUGGAGAGGGGGGCACUUUUGCUCUCUAUUCCUUGAUAUGCAGGCAUGCUAAAGUUAGCCUUCUUCCAAAUCGACAAGUAGCGGAUGAAGCUCUUUCUACCUAUAAAUUUGAACACCCUCCCGAGCCCAAGAACAAUAGCUCAAGGGUGAAGUUGGUGCUUGAGAAGCAUAAAUCCUUGCACACUGCUUUGCUAAUUUUAGUUCUUCUCGGCACUUGUAUGGUCAUUGGAGAUGGAUUGCUCACUCCAGCAAUAUCUGUUUUUUCAGCAGUUUCUGGCCUAGAGUUAUCAAUGUCUAAGGAUCAGCACCAAUAUGCUGUCAUUCCAAUUACUUGCUUCAUAUUAGUGUGCCUAUUUGCUUUACAACACUUUGGCACACAUCGUGUUGGCUUCUGUUUUGCACCAGUUGUGCUGACUUGGUUGAUAUGCAUCAGUGCUCUCGGUUUGUACAAUAUUUUACACUGGAAUCCACAUGUUUAUCAAGCGCUUUCCCCAUAUUACAUGCUAAAGUUUUUGAAGAAGACAAGAAAAGGAGGAUGGAUGUCAUUGGGUGGAAUUCUUUUGUGCAUUACAGGUUCUGAAGCAAUGUUUGCUGAUCUUGGACACUUCUCGUAUGCUGCAAUUCAGGUGGCUUUCACCUUUUUGGUUUAUCCGGCACUCAUAUUGGCAUAUAUGGGUCAAGCAGCUUACUUAUCAAAACAUCACCACACAAUUCACGACAUUGAUUUUUAUGUCUCUGUUCCAGAAAGUGUUAGGUGGCCAGUACUUGUAAUAGCAAUACUUGCUUCUGUUGUGGGAAGUCAAGCAAUCAUCAGUGGAACAUUCUCUAUAAUCAACCAGAGUCAGUCACUAGGUUGCUUUCCAAGGGUCAAGGUUGUUCACACGUCCGAUAAGAUACAUGGCCAGAUCUACAUCCCUGAGAUCAACUGGAUGCUCAUGAUUCUUUGCAUUGCUGUCACUAUUGGAUUCAGGGACACAAAACACAUGGGAAAUGCAUCAGGCUUGGCAGUAAUGGCAGUGAUGCUGGUGACUACUUGCCUCACAUCAUUGGUCAUCAUCCUCUGUUGGCAAAAACCUCCAAUUGUGGCAUUUAUCUUUCUACUUUUCUUCGGAUCUAUUGAAUUACUCUACUUCUCUGCUUCCCUUGUCAAAUUCCGUGAAGGUGCCUGGCUUCCCAUCCUCCUCGCACUCUUUCUUGUUACCAUUAUGUUCGUUUGGCACUAUGCCACCAUUAAGAAAUAUGAAUAUGACCUCCACAACAAGGUUUCCCUGGAGUGGCUAUUGGCUUUAGGUCCCAGCCUAGGUAUAGCUCGGGUCCCUGGCAUUGGCAUUGUGUUCACUGAUUUGACCUCCGGUAUUCCUGCCAACUUUUCUCGUUUUGUCACCAAUCUCCCUGCUUUCCACCAUCUCCUUGUUUUCGUGUGUAUAAAAUCUGUACCAGUACCAUUUGUUCCCCCAGCCGAGAGGUACCUCGUAGGACGUGUGGGCCCUGUAGCUCAUCGUUCAUAUAGGUGCAUUGUACGAUAUGGAUACCGGGAUGUCCAUCAGGAUGUUGAUUCUUUUGAAUCUGAACUCAUUAAUAAGCUGGCUGAUUUUAUCCGUUAUGAUUGGUACAUGGAGCAUGGCAUUAUAGAUACAUGCAACGAGGAUGAUGGCUAUCGAUCCGGUGCAUCAUCAAGUGAGUGUAGAUUGGCAGUGAUAGGAACAGUAGCAAUCUCCGGAGGCCCACCUUUUGAUAUUGAGGAAAGCGUGCAGCCAGCAAGUGUUUCAGUUGGUUUCUCAACAGUCGAUAGCGUAAUGGAUGUAAUUGAAAUGGAGCCCUUAGACAUCGUGGAACGAAGAGUUCGGUUCGCUAUCGAUACUGACUCUGAAGCUGAUCCAGGGUCAGAAAUGGAUGUUCAACUACGUGAAGAACUACAAGAUCUACGUGCAGCUCAACAAGCCGGGACUGCAUUCAUACUUGGGCACUCUCAUGUUAAGGCAAAACAAGGCUCGUCUCUCUUGAAGAGGCUGGCGAUCAAUUUCGGUUAUAAUUUCCUUAGAAGGAACUGCAGGGGGGCGGAUGUGGCGUUGAAGGUGCCUCCAGCAUCUCUCCUUGAAGUUGGCAUGGUUUAUGUUGUGUAG